AUGUCACUCACCCCUGAGGACCUGAUGUACAACUAUCCCACAGGGAGCAUUGUCAGCAUUCUCAGCAACCUUACCUCCCUUACCUUCCUCUCCAUCAUCAAGGCUGUUGACCUCAUCGAUAGCUUUGCCUCCUUCUCCUCGCUCUCUCGCCUCUCGCUCCUGCAACACCUGGAGUUGGUGUCGUUGCACAACAUGACGGGCCGCCUCGAAGACAUGACCUUCCUCACGUCCCUCCCUAAGCUGCGCCAUCUGGACCUGAGCUACCUCUAUUUCAACGACGUGCCUCUCUGGCUAGGGACCUUCACCAACCUCCGAACCCUGCUCUCAUCCUUGCCCCCUGUGCUCUCACCCUGCUCCCUGUGCUCUCACCCUGCUCCCUACGCUCUCACCCUGCUCCCUACGCUCUUCCCCUGCUCCCUACGCUCUCCCCCUGCUCCCUACGCUCCCCCCCUGCUCCCUACGCUCUCACCCUGCUCCCUACGCUCCCCCCCUGCUCCCUACGCUCUCCCCCUGCUCCCUACGCUCUCCCCCUGCUCCCUACGCUCUCCCCCUGCUCCCUACGCUCUCCCCCUGCUCCCUACGCUCUCCCCCUGCUCCCUACGCUCCCCCCCUGCUCCCUACGCUCUCCCCCUGCUCCCUACGCUCUCCCCCUGCUCCCUGUGCUCUCACCCUGCUCCCUGUGCUCUCACCCUGCUCCCUGUGCUCUCACCCUGCUCCCUGUGCUCUCCCCCUGCUCCCUACGCUCUCCCCCUGAUCCCUACGCUCUCACCCUGCUCCCUGUGCUCUCACCCUGCUCCCUAUGCUCUCCCCCUGCUCCCUGUGCUCUCACCCUGCUCCCUGUGCUCUCACCCUGCUCCCUGUGCUCUCCCCCUGCUCCCUGUGCUCCGCCCUGCUCCCUGUGCUCUCACCCUGCUCCCUAUGCUCUCCCCCUGCUCCCUGUGCUCUCACCCUGCUCCCUGUGCUCUCACCCUGCUCCCUACGCUCUCCCCCUGCUCCCUGUGCUCUCACCCUGCUCCCUGUGCUCUCCCCCUGCUCCCUGUGCUCUCCCCCUGCUCCCUGUGCUCUCACCCUGCUCCCUACGCUCUCACCCUGCUCCCUGUGCUCUCACCCUGCUCCCUGUGCUCUCACCCUGCUCGCUCUCCCCCUGCUCCCUGGGCUCUCACCCUGCUCCCUGUGCUCUCACCCUGCUCCCUACGCUCUCCCCCUGCUCCCUGUGCUCUCACCCUGCUCCCUGUGCUCUCCCCCUGCUCCCUGUGCUCUCCCCCUGCUCCCUGUGCUCUCACCCUGCUCCCUACGCUCUCCCCCAGCGCCGCUACCAGUGCCAACCCGGGCUCGCGCAACAUGUGCUCAGGGGCCGUGCCGCAGGAACUCUCUCGCCUCUCACGCUGGUCGCCUGGGCUCUCACCCUUCUCAUCUGCUCCCUGCGCUCCCCACUACCAGUGCCAUCCCACACGCGCGCUACAUGCGCACGGGUGUGAGUCGGCGCAAGCUCACCCUUUGCCACUGCGUUCUCACCCUGCCCCCUGCGCCUUCACCAGUGCCAUCUCGGACACGCGCAACAUGCGCUCAGGGGCCGUGCCGCAGGACCUCUCUCGCCUCUCGCACCUCGUGGAGUUUAAGGCAGGAGGGAACGGUCUCGUUGGCUUCCUCCCCGACUCAUGGGCUUCUCUCACUGCCCUCACACUGCUGUGCGUCUUGCUUCCCUCACUGCCCUCACACUGCUGUGCGUCUUGCUUCCCUCACUGCCCUCACACUGCUGUGCGUCUUGCUUCCCUCACUGCCCUCACACUGCUGUGCGUCUUGCUUCCCUCACUGCCCUCACACUGCUGUGCGUCUUGCUUCCCUCACUGCCCUCACACUGCUGUGCGUCUUGCUUCCCUCACUGCCCUCACACUGCUGUGCGUCUUGCUUCCCUCACUGCCCUCACACUGCUGUGCGUCUUGCUUCCCUCACUGCCCUCACACUGCUGUGCGUCUUGCUUCCCUCACUGCCCUCACACUGCUGUGCGUCUUGCUUCCCUCACUGCCCUCACACUGCUGUGCGUCUUGCCUCCCUCGCACACACCGCACCACCCUGGAUCUGAAGGAAAACGGCCUCUUGGGCUCCAUCCCAAACGCCUUCUCCAACCUCCAGAGCCUCGGCACACUGGACCUGUCCAUCAACCAGAUGAGCGGCUCGCUGCCCACCUCCUUCAGUCCUGCCCUUCAGUACCUGUCAGUGCCCUCUCCUGCCUGUCAGUGCCCUCUCCUGCUCUCAGUGCCUUUCAAUGUCACAUUCUCUGCUCGCCAUUGCUUCCUCCCAGUCCUUCCCCUCAACCUUCUACCCUGCCCCCCUCUCUCCCACCUGCUUAUUCUCCUCUCACCCUCAUGUGUUCUGUCUCGCGUCUCCCCUUUCCUGCUCCUAUACUCCCUCUCCCGACUCCGUUUUCCUGCUCCUAUACUCCUGCCCCCUCCCAUCUUCUUUCUCUCCCCCCCUCCUUAUCACUCCUCUCUCUUCCCUCCCUCCUCCCCUCCCCUUGCUCUUUCCAGCCGUCUCAACGACAACCAGUUUCAAGGCUCUCUGCCAUCUGCCCUCGGCAAUCUGCCAUCUCUCUCCACACUGUAA